AUGGCUCAGCCAGAUGUCGCGAACCAGCUCGCUCAGCUGAACUCUGCUCGUAACCUCGUUCUCGGCGACGCUGCUCUCUACCCGCAAAUCGUAAAUGGAAUCCUCCCGAUCGUCGGCGCCAACACAAGGCUAGAACUACGAAGAUGGGGCGCGGACUUCAUGGCCGAGACUUUCUCCAGUCCGGUGCUAGCUACGGCGCAGAAAGAGCAGCUCGCGCCGAGAGUGCUACAGACUAUUCAAGAGAUCUUGCUUCUGCCUGAGUCUGACACUGCGGUCCUGAUGAGCUUGGUGCAGACUGCGACUAGCUUGUACCCAUUGGUGUUCCGUCAUGUUGUGAACCAUCCGGAAGACAGUAAAUCAUGGGACACAAUGAAUGUGAUCAAGCAGGAUAUCUUGCGGCGGAUGGAUUCUUUUCUGUGCCCUGUGAAAAUCUGCUGUAUCAAAUUCCUACAACGGGUGGUUCAGGUUCAAACGCCUGGUCUGAUCUCAGACCCGCGGCGUCCGGAACAAAAUGAAACGUCGCUCGCGAUUGUCCCGCGAACCCACUCCAUUCUUGCAAUUCCACACUUGGAGGCCGAAGCGUCAGGCCUACUCGACCGGUUACUCGGCGUGUUCCAGGAGGAAGUCAGUGAUCCACUGCUGGUCAAUGCGACAUUGAACUGCCUCUCCCCGCUCAUUCGCACGCGGCAAUCGAUCUCAAACAAGAUCAUCAACGCAGUCCUUGAAUUCUAUCCCUCCAAGCAUGUCCGCCCUCCAAUCACGCCUACUACCCGAGUCAGCGUGAAGUCAAUGGAGCGCACUGCUCGAGCUUUGUUGAUUAAUCUUAUGAAGAGGAAUCAAAACCACCCUCUCUUCGGAAGAAUGCAGAUGUACAUUGAGCGGCUGAUGAACUCACGACUCGAUGUGGUAGAUGACGCUUCUCGGAAACGCGGAUUGCCAAGUGAACCGACAGAUGGACUCGAUAGCGCUAAGCGCGCUCGUCUUGAUGCAGAGACCCCCCCAUUGCUCAAGAUUCCUCCGAUGGCUCCGGGUCCGGCAAGCAUUGACAAGCUUUUCACAUUGACGCAAGACAUCGGCCUUUCGUCAUUCGAUGUGAAGCAGCUUCCUCCAGACCUCGUCGUGAAAAUCGCUGUGCCUCUUCUCGCCCAAGUCAACCAGUCAUUGCUAACACAGGCUGUCGAUGCCGUUCGAGCGCGAUAUCAAACCAUCACCAGGGAUCAAAACCUCAAGCGCCAACAACAACACACUGCCGCCGUCGCAGAAGACGACGAUGACUACGAGCCAGAGUACGAUCCGAUGGACGUGGCAGAUAAUGUCUCCGAACAAGCCAGCGCUGUCGCAGCCGAAGUAGCAGACCUCCAACCCGAUCUGGUCUCAUUAGGUCCAUUCGUUCUGCCCCAACCGCCGCCUCUGACCGAAGAGGAAGCUGCAGAAGUCGGCCGAAGUGCUGUCUCCCGCGUCUUCAGCAUGAUCACCGCUGCCGAGACAGACCCUUCACCGGCCAAAGGCAAGACUCAGCAACAACUCGGUUUCGCACGAUUGGCUGGAAGCACGUUUGAUCGGGAUGCAUGGGCUGUACUUCUUUCCCGCCUUGCUACAAGAGCCCCAGCUGGCCUGGAGGGUGGUGUUAUAGUGGAUUCGAAACGGCCGACGAUCUCGGACUCGAUUCGUCAGACGCUAUAUCGCUAUGUGCUGGAGGAUUUCAGGGGCAGGCUUAACAUUGCUAUCACUUGGCUGAGUGAGGAGUGGUACAAUGAUCGUGUUCAGAUGAAGGCGGCUGCUACUCAGCGGGAUCAGAGCAACGAAGACCAAGAUCAAGAACCUACCGUUCCUCUUCAUUAUGAUGAGUGGGUGGUUAAGCUCUUCCAUGGCUUCACGACUUAUCUUGAUGGUCGUGAUAUCAAAGUUCUGGUCCGAUUCCUCAGUGAAAUCCCCGAAGUCACUCUCUCGGUCCUGCAAAUGGUGGCCGGUUUGGCCAAGGAUCCGGAACGUGUGAAUCUCUGCGUGCAGGCUUUGAUGUACCUGAUCAUGUUCCGCCCCCCAGCACGCGAGAUGUGCUUGAAUACACUGGAGGAUGUUUAUCAGACUUAUGAGGAAUCCCGCCCUGCAGCGGGCAAAAUUUUGGCCAAAUGGCGUCCGCAGAAUCAGCCUGCAGAGGCCAACGGCAUUGCAGACUCGAUGCCGGCUCCACCGCAGGAAGCACAGGCCAGCGCUGUGCAGUAA